GGGUGUCCCCGGCAGCCGGCAAUUACGGCUCAUUGCCAUUAUAUAGCGCUGCAUGUUGUUUAACUGAUAGCGCUGCAUGUUUAACUGACUCAUUGAGCAAUUCCCGGCCGAAAGUCAAAGAGCUGUGGCCACCUCAAUGCGGCGCCACCUCAUUGCCAUCGCAUCAGUCGUGGCGGUGGUCCAGGGCCUCGCAGGACGCGCGAGUGUGCCGCUCGCGCAAAAACCGACGCUCUUCUCGCGGGGGUCGUACUUUGCGCAGCGCGCGCGCGAGGACGCGGCGCGCGCCGUCCGGCGCGCGCUCUUCGGCGACCAGCUGAGCCAGCUGCAGGUGGGCGGUCCGCGGGCCAUCCCGGACGGCGGGCGAGUGGUCGUCACCGGCUCUACGUCGGGGGUCGGCCUGGACGUCGCCAGGGAAGUUGCCGCGCUGGGCUACGACGUCGUCGUCUGCGGCCGGGACGAGAAGAAGCUCGAGCGCGCCGUGGCUCUCGUGGGGCGCGUCGCGAGGCGGGGCGUGGAGUCCGCGCGGUUCGACCUGGAGUCGCUGACGGAGACGCGCGCCGCCGCCGCCGCCAUCGGGCGCGCGGACGGCCUGGUGCUGUGCGCGGGCUGCUGGCCCACGACCCUGCGGUACACCGAGGACGAGCUCGAGGCGGGGCUCCAGGCCAACCACCUGGGGCACUUCCUCCUGGCGACGCGGCUCCUCGACGCGGGCGGCGUCGCGCGCGUCGUCUCCGUCGCGUCGACGGCGCACGCCGCGACGCGCCAGGACCGCCUGGAGCUGGACGACGCGCGCUGGACGCGCCGGGCCUUCGACCCGCUGGAGGCCUACGCCCAGACCAAGCUGGCGAACGUGCUCUUCGCGCGCGAGCUGCCGCGGCGGUACGCCGUCGAGGCCGUGAGCGCGCACCCCGGCGCCGUGGACUCGGAGCUGUUCCGGGACUUCGACGUCGCGCUGCCGCCGGACCCGUUCGGCCUGCUGCCGCCGACGGUCGACGCGUCGAUCGGGACGCUCUCGACGACGGCGCAGUCGUUCCUGAAGGGGGUCGUCGGCAGCGCCCCGGUCUCCGUCUUCAAGAAGCCGCGGGACGCCGCGCGCGACGUCGUCGUGGGGCUGGUCGCGCCCGGCCUCGCGGGGGCCUACCUGUCGGACGGCGAGCCCACGGAGACGUCGCCGGGCGCCGCGGACGACGCGGCGGCGGCGGAGCUGUGGGACUGGUCCCGGUCGACGAUCGACGAGGCGCUCGCUUUGAUCGACGAGGAGCGGGCGCGCGGGGACUGGGACUUCUAAUGUGCCGUGUGUGUG